AUGCAAAACCAAAUCUGUGCUAAAGAUGAAACAAUUUGCCGGUCAGGAUCAAAAGGUCACACUGGACGACGUGGAAAACCAGGAUACCGAGGAAGACCAGGUCCCCGAGGGAGACCCGGGCCAGAGGGACCUCCUGGUAAACAUGGACCAAUAGGACCUCAAGGACCGAUGGGUCCGAAAGGGGAUCCCGGAAUACCGGGUGAUCUUGGUCCCACGGGACCUAGAGGCCUACCGGGGCAGAAAGGCGUCAAAGGUGAACCGGGAAAGUCCAUCUCGGCUCCUUCUCUGCUGCAGCGACCUGUUGGAACAACAGUUAAUGAAAGCCAAACAGCCAUCUUGAAAUGUGUAGCGGACGGUAAUCCAACUCCACAGGUCACGUGGUCCAAAGUAAAUUCAUCACUUCCCAUUGGACGUCACGUGACUACCGGUAGCGCUCUGAUUAUAAAGGGCGUUAGACCAGAAGACAAUGGAGUUUACAGAUGUAGAGCUGAAAAAUUUCUAGACAGCAUCAACUCCACAGCAAAACUAACUGUUCAAUGUAAGAUUGACUACUUUCUUUAAGGCAUUUUGUAAAAAUAAAUUAUUGAACGACAGGAGCUGAUGAAACAAGGACGCAGUCUGUAGACUAAGUAACACAUUUGACGGGAACGCGCUGUGGCUGGUGUGAGUUUAAGUUUCAGACUAUAGCUUUCCUAAUUAGUUAUUGUUAACAUGAAUUAAUGUUGGGCAAUUUAUCGAAAUUUAGGUUCUCAAGAGCCUGGACUGAAAACUUGAGCACAGGGCCUAACACCACAAGCUAAACGACUAAUUAAAGGAGUACAGAUGUAAGGAGCGUGCUAUCUCGGUCUGCAACAUAAUGCUAAAUUAAAUAAAACGUAAAUAAUAUUCAAGGGUCCAGUGCGGAAGCCAAUAAAUGGUAAGAGAAAAAUCAGUUUACAUUUCUUUAAAGAGGCAUUUGAAUUUUUAGUGCUGAACUCCCAUUUUUAAUCUUGUAAAUCCUAGAAUUUAUGAAACGAGGCAAUUUGCUUCAAAGAUUGAUGUUUAUAGCGGCUGUUUUUACAUUAUAAGAAAAAAUAUUUUCUCUUUAGUAGGUCUUCAAUAACAAAUUUUGUUUUUCAAUUUUUCAUUAGCUGAUCCUCAACUUUUCUUAUCAUCCAAUCGACUGAUGACUGAAGAGAAACAAAAUGUCACUAUCGCCUGCAAUGCUACUGGUCAGCCGCAACCAAGCAUCACGUGGUCAAAAGCCUUUGUUUCUUUGCCUAAAGACAAAGCUGCAGUUAAGAAUGGAGCCCUUACAAUCUAUGACGUUGCAAAAAACGACGGUGGGAUAUACAUGUGCAAAGCAGAAAAUAUUCUGGGAAGGGCCACAAGCACAGUUCUAGUGGUAGUGUUUUCUCCUCUGAGGUUCAAAGUCCCCCCUCCUCAUGAAGUGACUCCCUUGAGUGGCAUUAAUGUCCGUCUGCCGUGUUUGGCCGAGAGCGAUCUGAAACCAGCAGUAUCUUGGAAAAAAGAGGGCAAACUUUUACUUCCCGCUGACACCUAUGUUCUUACAAAUGGAACACUGCUUUUCCGAGACAUCAAACAAUCACACCAAGGAACUUACAUCUGUAGAGCAACUAAUGCUCUGACGACAAUAGAAGCAAAAGUUAAAAUCAACUCUCCAAUUAUUGCUACCUCCUGUUCUGUGAUAAGAAAGUACUUCAGCAGUGUAAGCGAAAAUUACGUCAUUGAUCCAGAUGGCGAGGGAGGCCAGGCACCAUUCACAGUCUUCUGUGACAUGACUGAUAAGAGUGGAGUUGGCGUGACAGUAAUAGGUCACGACAGUGAAAGCAGAACACAUGUGAAUGGGUAUAGUAGUAAAGGUAGUUAUUCACGUGACAUACAUUACAUAGGAGCGAGUCUCUCUCAACUGGCCAGUCUCACCAGAAUCUCUUCACACUGCGAACAGUUUAUCAAGUAUGAGUGCUAUAACUCGGUUUUGCUUUUCAGUUAUUAUGGCAGUCCAUACGGAUGGUGGGUGUCACGUGAUUCUACUAAGAUGACGUACUGGGGCGGAGCAUCUAUUAAUGGUAAGUGUGCAUGCGGUAUGACCAACUCAUGCGCAGACUCCAGGUAUGGCUGUAAUUGUGAUAAGUAUCACAAUGCAUGGCGUGAAGACAGCGGUCUGCUGACUGACAAGACAAAGCUUCCUGUCAAACAGCUCAGGUUUGGAGAUACUGGCGGCAGCCGACAGGAAGGUUACCACACACUGGAGAAAUUGAAGUGUUACGGAACAGCAUAAAUACCAACCUGAGGACUGCGCUUCAAAGUGCAUAGCGCUGAAGCAAAUUUUGAUGUUGUGAUAUUCACUUAAUUUCACUUUAAAUUUAAUCAGCGAACCUCUAUUAGGAGACACGUUUACCAAAGUUUGUCGAACUUUUUAGUACACAAAACUCUAUAAAAAUUUAUUUGAGUUAGCUAAUUUCAUUUGUAAUCCUAUGAUUUUUCUGCUGGUUAUUUGAUACCUUCCCUUAUGUAUUCGGUGCGAGACAGGUGUCCCAUUUUGCCGGUACAUUUCCACAGAAACACUUCAUACGUACAAAUAUCAUACAGAUAUGUUUAAUUUGAGUUUCCCAAAAGGAACAAAGCGUUAUUUACAUUAAGAAUAUUAUACACAGUUUGACAUUUUUGACCUCAACUUCACAUUUUUAUCAGGAAUUUUCCAUGAAAAGGCCACCUUCUUUAGUUUUCACCAUUUUUAGUAUUAUUUUCUCGCACUCUCAAAGGAAUUCAUAUCACAAAAAGACAGAAAGGAGCGAGAUAUCACUAGGAAUCAAUGCGAUUUUGAAUCACCAUCUUUCAGGGAUCAAGUGAUUACAAAAAAAGACCAUUCUCAAACAAAGAACUACAAUUGACAGAAGUAAUAUGCGUUUGAAUUUAAGUUUACGCAUGUUAGUAAAAUUAUUGCGACAUUACUCGAGUUUAGUGAAGGAUAAGGAUUUCUACGCACAGACACAAAAUGUAAAAACAUGAGAUAAUGAUGUCUGCAGAAAGAGCCAAGUGUUUUUUCCAAUUUUUGCUUUCCUUCAUAGAUACCUCAUUUCGUUUGAUUGCUGAAACGUUGCUCAAUAUAUGACCUCUUCAAAACUUUACGGAGACACGGGAAAGCUGUGCGGCCGUUCAUCAUAUCUUGCAGAAUGGUCGAUUAUUUGCGAUCAGAAGCAUAUAAACCCGAAGCGUCUAAAUUCCCCUUAUCUGCUUAGAACCAUGCUGGGGUUUUUUACCCAGCCAACCAGAAGCACCCGAAAUUUUUUCCCCAAAUCUGAUAUCACAGACUUGAAUGCACCUGUGUUUAAAGAAUGGCUUUUUUAAUUGUGCUUUUAGCAAGCAUCCGUAACUCAGUCAAACGUACACGCUGAGCUAUUUACCAUGUUUAAGUAACAUAAUCAAAAGAGAAAAAAUGUUUACACUUGCUUACAUGUAGUACGUAGCAGAAGGGCAAUGGCAAAUGUGUUGUCAUGUGUCCGAACUAUGACAAGAACAAAAUCUGUUCGCUCAAUAGGUAGUUUUCGAUUUCAAUGUGAACUGUAAAAUCUGCUAUGUUACAUGAAUGACUAUUGAAUAUUGUUAAGAUAUUGAAGACCUCCGAAAACUAUGAGGUAAAGAAAAAAGAAAUGUCAAGUAAAAACUGACAAAUUAACAUGCUAUAUUAGCAUGGAUGGCUAAAAAAAAUCCCGCGUCUUGCAUGGGGAACCCUUAAAUUAUCAAGUUUAAAUAACGGGGUAAAGGCCCAAAGCUGUUCAAAUACGGUGCUUAAAGAUGCCUUGCAACAAAUGUAACAAUUGGUUACUGUAGCAAAAGUAUUACAUUGUAAAAUUGCUUUCAAUGGGCCCACCGAACUCUUUUAUGUUGUAAGACCUUACAGCAGCUAUUUCACAUUGGUUCAUUUUCAAAACUUUUGCCAAAGUUGACAAAAGGUAUCACGUCUGACGUUUGCAAUCCACUAUCCUACACCAUUCUUGAUCCUUCAUUGUCUGUUCUUACCUCUAAAGUGUGUUGAUGUGUUUUUGUGACUAACCAACAUUUGAGGUUUAGUUAUUAAAUUCAUUUAAAAACUCCAAACAGUGUGACAGAACUCUUUAAAAGCUAACAUUGAUGUUGUCAUUGGUUUUUAAAAGUUUUUGUUGGGUUUCUACAAUAACGGUAGCCUACCCUUUAACGACGAGAAAAUAAUCAUAAAUAAUUUAUCAGAAGACGAACAAUUGUUUUCUGCCGUUUUCGUAACAACAACCCGAACAAAAGAUGGUCUUCUUCUCUCUGAACUUGCCACUGAUGCAGUGUAACAUUGGACGCCCAUUAAAGAGGUUCAUAGACGGCUUGCAGGCAUUCCCACUCUUGGGAGUGAAACCCUUGCCGCCACUGACCACAGUGCCUGCUCGUUCACAAGGACAUUUAAGCCUUUGAAAGCCUGUGAACAGCAGCGACAGGACCACAAGGAAAGAAGACCUGACCAAAGUACUGCUGUCGCAUACCCUCAGUGUGGUUCGUCAGUCCGUCGAACUUCGGGCUGCGUUCUCACCCGGUGUCACUGACGUCGUGUCCCUUGGUAGUGAGGACUAUACCAAGGGAGGAUAGAUCACCCUUCCCAUCGUGCAUGGCGUGAUAUUUUGUUGCAUAACUCAUCAAUGGCGGCCAUUCUGUGCAUAAUUAACCACAUUUUGGGGAUUUUUCACAAUAAUCUAUCUACCAGCUAGGACACAAAGGUCAGUAAACGUUUUUGUUGCCGACGAUAUCACUUUCCUCUCAUCUUUUCUCUAAGAACGCAGAAACUGACUAAAAGCAUCGCCGCAUAAGACAAGAUCUAGAGGUCACUUUUAAGUAUGUUGUUUUUUUUGGCACGAUGAGCAAAUUACUCCAGUUUUCCCUUAUUUGUUUGCUUCUGCAUGUUUUGUUGUGUUUCAAACAAUACAGGUAUGACACGAAUUUGAGUAGAAAGAAAAUUACUGUACAACUAACGAUUGCUUUUCGCAGGAUUGCUGGCGCCAUAAGAUAACAAUCAUGUCGUAUCACUUACCGUCCCCCGUACGCAGUGUUAUGUUACAUCACGUUUUAGGGUGAAAUGUAGACACAAUUCAUCUCUUCGCAUCCUUUCUCGUUGUUUUAAAAGAUUUAGAAGAAGCGUUGUCCGAUAACUGUAAUCCCGUAAUUUAAGGGGUUAAUAAGGCGCCACGUCUAUGAAAAAGAUUUUAACUAUGAAACAAGUUGAAAAAAGGGCCAAGGAGAAAGAGAGAAGAAAAGCACUCGACAUAUUGUGCUCCAGGUCAGCUUUGUUGUUGUCUGUAGUGAGUUGUAUCGCACUGAUUCACGUUGAAAUCAGAAUACAAGAACAUCACCGACUGAUAUCACACUCAAUAACAAGCUGUGGUCAGAUGGAGGCAGAAAUACUUCGAAAAUUACAAUCGCAGAGCAAUGGACACUGGCAAACUACGCAGGAAAGCCAUUUAGGAGGUCAUUUGCAAGGGACUCGAGGUAAUUAAAUGGCGUCGUUAUUAUCUUUGUCAUUUUGUAGGGCAAUAAUCGUGUCCCAUGGUAGGUAAAGGUACCAAAUCACCUUCCAAUCCUGAAACAGAACUUAGCGUAAGAGAACGGUAACUUUUCGUUCUUAUCCAACGUAAGUAAAAUUUUUACUUUACUCGGGUCUAUAGACCAUUCGUUUUCGGACUAUUUCAUCCCUUCUUUCGUAAUAUUUGUUCUUGAUGUUUUUUCUUGCACCAUGAACCAUCAUACAAUCCACACAUGCUUUAAUGCCGAUGCCAUUCGUCAGUCUCGAACUGAAUUAUAAUUUUUUUUUGCUACAACUGUAAUCAGCAGAUCAGAAAGAGGCCUUUUCAAGAAAAAAGCGAGCUUCACCACAAAAUUCGCAACAGAAACUUAUCCAAACGGUUUCUAAAGUAAAACUGCUCAUCAGAGAAGAGCUUCGUGUGCUGCAAAACCAAAUCUGUGCUAAAGAUGAAACAGUUUGCCGUUCAGGACCAAAAGGCAACACUGGACGACGGGGAAAACAAGGAUGCCGGGGGAGACCAGGCCUGCCAGGGACACCAGGGCCAGAAGGACCGCCUGGUAAACAUGGACCAAUAGGACCUCAAGGACUAAUGGGUUGGAGAGGAGAUCUCGGAGUACCGGGUGACCCUGGUCCCGCGGGACCUAGAGGCCUACCGGGUCAGAAAGGCGUCAAAGGGGAACCGGGAAAGUCCAUCUCAGCUCCUUCUCUGCUUCAGAGACCUGUUGGAACAACAGUUAAUGAGAGUCAGACAGCCAUUUUGAAAUGUGUUGCGGAAGGUAAUCCAACUCCACAAGUCACGUGGUCGAAACUAAAUUCAUCUCUUCCCGUUAGACGUCAUGUGACUACCAGUAACGCUCUGAUUGUGGAGGACGUUAGACCAGAAGAUGAUGGUGUUUACAGAUGUAGAGCUGAAAACUUGCUGGGCAGCGUCAACGUUACAGCAAAACUAAGUGUUCAGUGUAAGCAUGACAGUCACGAUUGCUUUUCUCUGUAUGUCAGAAGGAUUAAGUCCAAAGUAUUGUCUUACAUUUAUUCAAAGUAUUCAGUAAUUAAUUGCUUAGUUUAAAGUUAACAACUAUCUUUGCCAAAGACAACGUUCUAGUAAGUUUAAGAUUAUAAUCCUUAAAGUUCGACAUAGGUUUUUUAAUUAAAAUUAGUUAAUUUAAGUUUAAUAAGAUUUUUGUUAAUAUUCGGAAGAUGCGAGGAAAUAAUUGACCAUAGAGAAUUAUGACUACCUGCUACAGGAGUAUGGUAGUAGGAAGGUAGAUUAAACAAACAUUCUGAUUUGCUCAAUGACUAUCAAACUGGUGAAUACGCAUGUCAGUGGAAAUCCUUAAGUCUAUGAAAAAAGAAAACUUUUUGCUCUUAAUUUAUUUAUUGAUGUGUUUGCGGGCUUUUUUUAACGUGACGUGAAGAACAAUAAUUUUCUCUCUGUUUCUUUCAAGUUGGUCCUCAAGUUUUCUUGUCAUCUUAUCGACUGAUGGCUGAAGAGAAACAAAAUGUCACCAUCGCCUGCAAUGCUACUGGUCAGCCGCACCCAACAAUCACGUGGUCAAAAGGAUUUGGUCCGUUGCCUAGAGACAGAACUUCAGUGAAGAAUAGAGCCCUGACAAUCUAUAAAGUGACAAAAAACGACGGUGGGAUAUAUGUCUGUAAAGCAGAAAAUGUUCUGGGACAUGCCACUAGCACAAUUCAACUCAUGGUGUUCUCUCCUAUGCGGUUCAAAGUUCGUCCUCCUCAAGAAGUUACUCCCGUGAUUGGCUUCGAUGUCCACCUGCCGUGUUUGGUGGAGAGUGAUCUGAGACCAACAGUGACUUGGGAAAAAGAUCGGAAAUCUUCACUUCCUGUUGCCACGCAUCUUCUCUCAAAUGGUACACUGCUUUUCCGAAAUAUAAAGAAAUCACGCCAAGGAUCUUACAUCUGUAGAGCAACUAAUGCCCUGACGACAAUAGAAGCCAAAGUGAAAAUCAGCUCUCCAGUUGUUGCUGUUUCCUGUUCUGUCAUAAGGAAAUACGUCAGCAGUGUAAGCGGAAAUUAUGCCAUUGAUCCAGAUGGCGAGGGAGGCCUGGCACCGUUCACCGUCUUCUGUGACAUGACUGAUAAGAGUGGAGUUGGCGUGACAGUUAUAGGUCACGACAGUGAAAGCAGAACAUAUGUGUAUGGAUAUGGCGGUCAUGGUGGUUAUUCACGUGACAUUCAUUACACAGGAGCGAGUCUGUCUCAGCUGGCCAGUCUCACCAGAGUUUCAUCACACUGUGAACAGUCCAUCAAAUAUGAGUGUUUGGACUCAGUUUUGCUUUACAAUAGAAAUCCAUACGGAUGGUGGGUGUCACGUGAUUCUGCUAAAAUGACGUACUGGGGCGGAGCAUCUAUCAGUGGUAAGUGCGCAUGUGGGAUGACCAACUCAUGCGCAGACUCCAGGUUUGGUUGUAACUGUGAUAAGAAUGACCGUGUAUGGCGGGAAGACAGCGGUCUGCUGACUGAUAAGAUAAAGCUUCCUGUCAAACAGCUCAGGUUUGGAGAUACUGGUAGCGGCAACCAUGGUUACCACACACUGGGAAAAUUAAAGUGUUACGCCACAGCAUGA